ACUGACGCGGCUUUGUCCCCUAUUUUAUAUUUCUUACGUUAAUUUUUCUGUUUACGCUUAGUGAGCGCAAAACAGCAGCAACGGCCAAGGCAGCUUUGCGGGGCACCGUGAGGCUACAGACAAGCGAAUGCGCCUCAUCGGCGGCGGAGCAGAGUCGUUCCGCCUUCGAAUUCGCUGUUGAGACGGGAUACGUGUGUGGCGCCCGACAGGCUGAACGGCGCGCGUGAGCAUGGAUUCAAACGGCAAGGCCGCGACGCCGAAGAAAGACAGCGGCGUCCCGCACAGUGGCUCUCAGCCGGUCACACCGAAAGCUGGAACAACGUCGACGACUGACGGACAGAGCAUGGCAUCAUUUGCGAUGACCAGCACGCUGUCUCCUGAGGCCCCUGUAUUCGUUCCGCGGCACUUCAAAGUUCCUGUACCAGAACCCCAACCGACGUCGCCGCCUUCGCGGGAUUCUACUCGAUAUGCAAUCGUUGAAUUGAUGACCUUCAUCGAAGACGUAACCCUUUGUCCUGGCGAGUUUGACUCGAAGAUAGGGGAGCUCACGAGAGCAUUGGGUAGCGUCACAGAUGCCGACGGUCUCACUCAAGUCGUUGACACAAUCUUUCAACAGGGUGUCAAGGAGCCAAACUUUCGGUAUAGCGGGGCUCGGCUCUGCAAUCAUCUGGGCAGCAACCUCAGCGUUCGAGGCCUUGACAAUGGUCACUUCACAAACCUGCUUCUUGACCGGUGCCAUUCAGAAUGUUUGAAGCGGAAUGACCUCGCGUCCGGUGACAUGGGCGACAACUAUUUGAGGGGACUCCUGCUCUUCAUAGCUGAGCUCUUCUCACAGAUGAUGUUCCUUCGGGAUGACUACUCCUACAAGGUCAAGCACAUAGCCGGCUGCAUCCCAAACAUGAUGCACACCCUCUUGCAGGCACCGACAAAGGACAAUGUCAAGUGCACCAUCCAAGUACUGAAGCUUACGGGACACAGCUUGGAGGACUUCGGUCACUCAGGACCCGGCAGUACCGGCGGCUCUAUAUUGGACAGUGUGUUCGACAAGCUCAGGGAGGUCGUGCGGAAGCCUGACAUUGAUCCAACUGCCUCAUUGAUGAUUAAAAAUGUCCUGGAUCUACGUGAGAAGAACUGGGGCCGAUCGUCUUCCUCCUCAAGCUCGCCUUCUGGAUGUCCAUCUGAAGAGAAUCUUCCAAUAACGUGCGGUCCUGACGGUGUGCCGCUCUCCAGAGAAGAGGAGAACUUUGUCCAAGAACUGCUCCUCGAAGAACAGAUGGGCGGCCUCGAACUUGCAGAUGAUGGGGGCAUGUACUCCAAUGAUAUGGGCAAUGACGAAAUGGAUGACGAGGUUGCGGCAGCCUACGAAGAGUUUCUCAAGGAAUCGGGACGAUGAACAUUUUUGUAUCUUGACACGCAGGGGAGGGCUCUGGGGUGGGUUGGCCAACGAGUGGGAGGGAAAUGCAUCAAGGGCUGUUUCUCUUAAGUGUUCAUAUUGCGGCUUGUCGUUUUUUUUUAUGCAUUUUUUUACGGAGUGGGAAAUGCAGUGUGUUACCGCCUUGCCCAUAUUUUUUUUUAUUCCUUUUGUAUGUUGGCAAGGCAUUUUUUCUGUUACCUCAGUUUAUUCAAGUUUUUUUUUUCCGUCACAUACGUCACCUGCGCAUCUUACAUGUUACAAUGCAAUUCAGGCCAUCGAAUGUAAUGCAACAAGCGCUUGUACAUUCUCGACGCACAAAAUGCUGCUUUUUGGACGACUAUCCAUUGAAUAAUAAACAGAGAAGACGUUUUGCAGGAA